AUGAUUGACGCAUUUGAUGAAGAUUUAAACACUCAUCCUCCAUUAAAUGAUACGACGUCACCUCAUGCAUCUACUGGCAAAUUAAUAUCUAUGGCAGACGUUCAUCUUAUCACCCCCUGGUUUAAAAACGAGGUUGUUAACUGGAGGUAUGCUGCAUACCUGGUUGUUGGCCUGUUCUCACCUGAAUGUCAAUUGAAGCCACGGCACAGCCUCAUUGAUGCCGUCUUCCACAAGACCUAUUCACUCACUCAAAUAUCAUUUGCCGCGUUUUGA